GCGUAGGAGCGGGGGAGGUGAAGACAGGGCAAACUGCAUCUUCGCCAGGCUGCUUCCCUUCCUCCUCGGUUUCUCUCAGCUGGAGUUGUUUGGCAAGUCUGCUCUGGGUGCCUCUGAACCCCUCUCGCAACUCCUGGGAAAGUGGGUUGUGGUGUCGGCGGCCAGGCACUUGGUCCUCCGUUAGCGUUACUAGUGUAGUCCCGGGACGGGCCAUGUCAAGCUGCAACAGCCCUGGGGGCCCCGCUGCCCUGGACUUUCCCGAAGUCCUGAAGUCCCUGCUGGAGUACUCCUUACCCUGGACCAACAAAAUGACAGAUAAAGAGAAGGAAAAGAUAAAACUUGAGGAAGAUGAAGCAGCAGCUGCUAGCACUAUGGCAGUCUCAGCUUCCCUUAUGCCACCCAUUUGGGACAAAACUAUUCCCUAUGACGGAGAGUCUUUCCACCUGGAGUACAUGGAUCUCGAUGAGUUCCUUCUGGAGAAUGGAAUUCCUUCCAGCCCUACGCACCUGGAUUUGAACCAGAAUCCACUCUUGCCUGUGGCUGAGCUGGAAGGAAAGGAGUCUGCCAGUGCUUCCACUGGUUCACCUGCAUCAUCUUCAUCAUCAUCUGCAGUUUACCAGCAAUCUGAAGCAGCCUCCAGCACAGAGUCCCCUCCACAAAAUGAGAGAAAUACUCCCAGCCCCAUUGAUCCUGACUGCGUAGAAGUUGAGGUGAAUUUUAACCCUGACCCUGCUGAUUUAGUGCUGUCCAGUGUGCCUGGUGGUGAGCUCUUCAAUCCUCGCAAGCACAAGUUUACUGAAGAGGACCUGAAACCACAACCUAUGAUUAAAAAGGCCAAGAAGGUUUUUGUCCCAGAUGAGCAAAAGGAUGAAAAAUAUUGGACAAGGCGAAAGAAGAACAAUGUGGCAGCAAAGCGUUCCCGUGAUGCUCGGCGAUUAAAGGAGAAUCAAAUCACAAUUCGGGCAGCCUUCCUCGAGAAAGAGAAUACAGCCCUGAGGACGGAGGUUGCAGAGCUGCGCAAGGAAGUGGGGCGAUGCAAGAACAUUGUUUCUAAAUACGAGACCAGAUACGGACCCUUUGACUUAUCUGAUUCCGAGUGAUGCAACUUUAAAGACUUUUAAAAACAAAGAAACUAAAAAGCACACAUGAAUCGCCAGUCUUCAGAAUGAGCGUGAAAUCUAUGAGGUGUCCCAACACAAACAACUGACGAUGACCCUGCCUGCCUGCUUGCCUGCAAGUACCCCAUCUGAACUACCCAGGGCUGGGCAUGAUGAAAAGUGCAAAGUCUCCUUAAUUCUGUAUAUGGCUUUCUUAUCUGUCUUUUUCACUGUAGCUAUGAACUACAAUAAGCUUGCUUACUGGGGUUUUGUCAAGACACUCAAAGUUCAUUUCUCCAAGUCUGUUGACAACCUGUGUGAAUAGUGACUCUUUGUUUUGGCACUUGCGUGAAAGAAAAUAGGGAGUUUUAAAUGCAAGUGGCUCUAUAUAUUAAGAACAGCUAUAUUUUAAAAAGUGUUGUGUUUUUGUUUGUUUUUUUUUUUUUGUCUGCAGUAAAUACUGCAGCUCACUUCUGGUACAGUGUAUCAUCUUGUAUUGUUGGUGCAGAACUGAAGACACCAGAAAGCAGUGAUCUAUAAUGUAUAAGACUUUCAGUGCAGGAAAGUACAGCAGAUGUAUUGAAACAGACUAGAAAGCACCACGGUACGCCAUACAAAGAGGCGUAAUAAACUCCUGUCAAAUGACCCAUAUAAGAGUAAAAUACUUCAUUUGCUUUCCUACCCCAUAGUUACACAGCUGUAACCUACCUUUUCCUUUUUAACUCUCUUAUGAGGCUCGCUUUCUUCUAUGGUAUCUGACUGAAACAAGAUCUCUUCUCCUAUUACUAUUCAGCAAUCAUGAAAAGGGUGUGGGUCUAAGCUGCUGAUCCCCAUAUCUUUCGGCAGUCCCAUAUUACCCAAUGAAUACUAGUUCUGCCAAAACAAUGACUUAGCUACCACAUUACAAUUUUCUGUCUCCUCUUGACCACAAGAGAACUGCAGUGGGGAAUGAAUACUUUGUUCAUCUGCUUUAUAAAUCUGAAACAGCUAAUGAUUUUUGGAGUCACUAUGGACUGCUUCAACUAUCAAGACCCUUGUGCUGGUGUGGGGGAGUAGAUGAAAGGUUGGACAGAUUGUGUGGAUGCUUGUUGUGUGUAGAAUAUGGAGGAAGUAGGUGGAAGUUCCUUUGCAAGAGUCUAAUCAGUAUAACAAGAAUCUAAUUCUAUAUUGAAGCUUAAGACCUAAAUUCAUGUGGGAAGAAAAAGAGUAUUUGAUUUCUCAGAAAGUAGCAUAGGGCUGUAGUCCUUAAUUCAUAGUCAAGAUAGAGCUUGUCAGACAGGAGUGAAAGAUGAUCAGUGUAUUUUUGCCUGGAGAUUAACAAACAGCAUACACUUUCAGAAAAAUAUUCUUGAAAGCUUUCAGAAGCACAAGUGCCUAAAUAUGAGGCACAGUUAGUUACCAACAAAGUUUGACAUGCUAUCAUAUUGAACAAAUAUUUUAACUUUGCAUUUACCAGAGAGAUUCUGCCCUUAACUUCAUAGUAGAAAGGCAAAGAGAAAAAAGAACAAGCAGAUAACGCUGUGAACUUCAAAGAAACAACAACAACAACUCUGGAAGACAUAACCAAUUUUUUGAAAGCAUAACUUUUGUAAUGGGCAUAUACAUGAAAUGCACUUCUUGACCUUUUUAUUUUUUUUUUUUUGUUUGUUUGAAUGGACCAUGUUCUGAAGUCAAGAAAGUGCUUUUAACUUUUUUUGCUGGUUACAAGCGUAUAUUAAUGAGUAUACUUUUAUAAUUUGGGACUCUAAAGUUCUGAGAUAAUCUGUAGGUAUCCUAUUCAAAUAAAUGAAUAAUUCAGCUCCACAUUGCUGAAAUGUCAGCAUAUAUCACUACCUAUAUCAAAUAUUGCAGAUGUGGACUGCUAUUUUUGGUAGGUACUGUUUUUUGUGGCUUUAUUUUGGUGAUAAAGGCCUUGCUGUGGAUUUUUUAAAAAGAUACCGAGAGCAUGUAAAUUUAGCAAUUUAUCAUUUCUGAUGUUUCAGUUAGCUUGGAAUGGCUGUUCUUGAAAGUCAUGUUUCCUGUUCAAAUUGCAAACUUAAAAGGUAUUGUAACGGGACAAGGAGUCACUAGUCCUUCAUGCGGGUCUUGCCGUCUUACUGCUUUAGGAAUAUCAUUUAACUACUCGUGUUGUAUACAGGAUUUGUUUUUUGCAGUGUGUCAUGCUAUAUCAAUAGCAAAACAUUUAGUUGGUAAGAAUAGUAUGUGCAAUUCUAUUCGCUUUUUGUAUUACAUCAGAACUUUAUACAAUGGGAACUAAGAGGGAAUGUUUUAGAUUUUUCUUUCAGAGAGGACUGUUAGCAAACUCCUGUGCUUCCCUGUAGAACAGUGCAAAGUUGCACAUUUUGCGAUUCAUGUAUCUACAGGUUGCAAAACUGGAAAAUCACACUGUAGGGUGAGAGUGUAGUUGGAGGAAUUUUUUGCUAAGAAACAACAUCUUCAAAGAUAGCUGAGAUGGUAGUAACUUUUUAAAGGAAUAUAACUUUUGUUGGGCAAUACCUAUAUGUGCAAUGCUGAAUUCCUCUUUCAGUAUUUGCAGUCUCAGGAAGCUAGGCUAACUGCUUCAGAGCUUUCCACUCUUUUCAGAAUGAUUAACUAUAUAAUCUCGUUUCUUUGACUAAGAUGACUAUCCUGUCUGUGUAAGUUCUAACUUUAAUACGUUUUCCAUAGGGGUCAUAAGAAGACCAAUGUUCUUUUAACUGAAUUUGAAUGUUAAAAGCUGCUGAAUUGACACUGUUAGCAUCUGAAGCUCUCUAACCAUGGAACAAGCUCUGUAUAGGCCAUAACUGUGCCUAAUACCAAUGUACCCCAUUCCAGCUGUAAAGGGACCAUCCCUAAGGGGAGGGAAUAAAGGGAGUUCACCUUUCAGCAUUACUGCAGGAAUUGCCAGUAAAGGGAGCAGUGUUUGACACAGCUGUGUAUUCAUUAAGAAAUGGAUUGAAGCCAGUGGUCAUUCCACAUAGGCUGUCAAACAGCCAUUGCACAGUACUCGCUUUCAAAAUAUAUGAGCUGUUGAUAAUGUUUGUGGGGAGUGCAUUGUCUUAUUCUACAUCAGAAAUAGUCAAUGAAUAAAUGAUGCACAAAAUUUAAGUAGCAUUGUUUUCAUACAUGGUCUUCUAAUCUAAACAGAGUUACAUGUCCUUAUAAUAAUGCAUUUUUGUAUUUAAAGAUUCCCUAGAAGUUCAAUUUGUCAUCUGUUGCCAAGUUCGACUCCCACCAAAGCCAAUAACAAAGAUCUCAUUCACUCCCACAGGAAAAGGUCUUUAUUCUCUGACAUGGUGUUCUUAAGAUUUAGGAAGCUCUGGAGUCAUGGGUGUCUUUGCUUUACUCUGGAGCGCUCUGCGUUGGGACCAGGUGGAUGCAUCUCAGAUCGCAGAUGUAAUGUUUGUGAACUGACCCCUUCCCAUCUUUUAUUCAUUUACACAAGCUAUAUACAUUUUUGAUAUUUGGAAUCUGGUGAAUUCAGCUGUUUUUUUUUUUCCUUCUGUUUGUUUUUUCUUGCUGCUUGGUAUGUGUGAAAAAAGCGUACAAUAAACUUGUGUAGGGAGACGGAAUGUUAAAAAAGGAACCUUAAGUUCCUAAAGGAAACUUUCUGCAGUUUUUUAGUAACGUUUUGUGUGUUGGCAAUUCUCCGUUUCUCUGCUGUGGUGUUUGAAAGCCCAGGAAGUUCUAGCUGUAGAGAUGAUUUUCAGCAUUACCUGUAGGAUUGCUACAGACUGUACCAAAUUCACUUCAAGUUGGGGGGAGGUGUAGUGCAAAGCCAGCAGUUGCAGCUUUGGGAAUGUUGUAGUAUAACUACUUGUUAUGGAAGAAUAUUUUGUGUAGACAGCAGAAAAAAUGGACUUACACAGAAGAGAACAUUGCUGCUUCAGCCUUGUAAACCUUUUCAGCCUCACAGGGUUUUGUUGCUUGCGAUCAGAUGCCUUCAUUUUUGGUGACAGUGGAGGUAUCUCAGACCUUUGUGAACUCCAGAUAGGCUUGUGUUUGUCCUUAGUGUUAUACCUUUGCAGCACUACAAGACACCAGCUAGCUUUCUAGUCUGUGGGUUGGUUGGUUUGUUUAAUAUAAUAAUUCCUCUGAUCUGUAUUAUCUACCAGUAUAACAUGAUAAAGAUAAACCCUCCGUGAAAGGUUGGAGGAAGAGUAGAAAAAAAUAAGUCUAGCUAAACUCUUGUGGAGAUGUUAGCAUUAUAUUAACUGAGAAAUUAUAAUGAUUUAAUUUUUGGUAAUGCAGACUUGUGAUUUAAAAAAUGUAACUUGUUAGUUUGGUAGUAUGCUAAUCUUUGCAGUGGAUCAUUAUUGGAAUGCAAACCUAAUGUUGAAGCAGCUACAGGGGGAAGGGAAGCCUUUGAAGGAAGUACAGAUAGGUAAAAAUACAGAUACUUGGCAAGGAUGAUGAAGAAUGAAAGCAGAAAUAUAAAGAGUAAAGCAAGGUACUGACCUGAACCAGACUGCUAAAACUCUAAAGCCUCACCAUUUCCAGUUUUAGGACGCUUUGGAUCCCCUCAGUUUGGCAUCAUACAGAAGAUAUACGCUUGUUUAGGUUUUGCGAAUCUCCUUUUCUUGUUCUCAUUUCCACAAUUCAGAAGAAAGUAAAAGGAAUCUAAAGAUAAGGAGGAGGGUUGUUGCAGAAAGGCAUGAAAAAACAGGUGUUGCUUUAGCAGUGUGCUAUUGCACUGAGACUUGUCCUGCCCAUAUGAAGCUGUAUAGGGUAGUGCUGUGUCAUGGGGAAAUUACUCACUGGGGCCGCAAUGUUUUAAGGCCUGAAUUCUGCUGUCAGUUCUGCAUGGGAUGAGCCCUGUAUCUGUAUAAAACCACGUGGACUUUACGGGAUCUGUUCAUGAAUGUGAAGCUUUGCCCAGGCAGUCAGCUGCAGAAUUGUGUCCUUAACACAGGAUCAGUUGUAGUUCCAUGGCUGUUUAUAGUAACUGUAAUUUGGGUGCCUAUUAUGUAGCCGAGACCCUUGUUAUUUCACUUCUCCCAACUAAAGCAUGAACAGAAGCUCUUUGCUGUACAACAUCUGUAAAAAUGUACUUCAUAUUUGUCUAGUAAAUUAAGGCAUGAGAUUUUGGGCUGUGGGUCUCAACAGACUUUGCUCAUGUACCUGCCUGAAUGUUUUCCUAGAUCUGCCGCCAUGUCUCAGUAUGAAGGUAUGGUGGGAUUUGUUUACCUGAGUGAAUGGAAUAGCAGCUCUCAUCUGUCCCAACGCAGGUGUCUGCUUGCUACUGGUCGAGAUCAUGGAAGGAUGCAUCUUCUGCACUUUCAUGUGAAAUUGUCUGAAAUAUGGUGAUUAACAUGAUUAUUGGAAUACUGUAUUUUGUAUGACUUAGAAUAUGUAAAUACACUUUUAAAAACAAUCUGUUCUAUGAAGUAAUAAAUAAGUGCUUCCAUUGUAAUAUCUGAAUAUUGUUAAUGCUUCAUGUAGCUUGAUUUGGGAAUUUUUUCCUAGAGAACUACAGAAAUCAAAACAAAGAUUGAUGUUGUGGAAUUCUAGUCUAGUUGUGAUGCUUUCUAUCAGCAAAAACGUUUUAAAAAAAAAAAAAAAAGAGCUACACUUAAGCAGAGAAACUGAUGAUUUGAGGGAACUGAUUCUCUUCCACUCUUUCUUUAACAGUAGUCACUGAUGUGACAUUCAUAGUUCUCUUCCUAUCCCGUUUGCUGGACAAUUAACUUGUUCACCAGCAGCGUCUGGAAAAUGGCAAUAUUAAAUGGCUUAUAAAGCUUAGUGAAAGCUUAGUGAUUGAGGAAAAUGAAAGUGGGUUUUAUUUAUUUAUUUUUAUUUAAACUGUUCUCUCUUUUGGCUUAAACAGAUCUGUCUCCAUCCUUCAGCCAGACUGCAGCAAGUUGCAAUGAAACAGUGAGUGAUUGUUACUGAAGCUCAUUUGUAAUCUGGGGUGGUCUACGUUUUGAUUAGUCCUGUUAUGUACAUAGAUGACGCACAGGUGUCCUCUCUUGGUGUGGAGAGAAAGUGUGAUUCAUGACUUGAGUUUUUGCUGAGUAAAUGUUUGCUGGAUGCUGCACAGCUGGAACUUUCAUCAGCUUUCAUGACCUUUUCUAUCUCAUAUUAAAAGAAAAAAACAGUGGUGAGAAUCAUGAGCAGUCUGCUAGGAGACAUGAACAUUUGGUUUUUGAGGAGGAGGUCAGGAGAUUGGUCCAUCAGCCUUCCAUCUAGGGAGAUUAUCCUGUGGUAUACACCUUCUCCAGCCAUAACACUUCUUCUUUGUCUUUGAUGCUGUACUGCAGCAGUCUCCUCUCUGAUAUCAGCCGCUUCUGCAGCGUUCCAUAAAUGACAAAGCUACAGCACCUCUUUGGUAGUGGGCAGAGAUGGUGAUGCUCCCCCCUCCCCGCUCCUUGGUGUCUCUAGACUAUAAAAUAGCUAUGAAACAGCUAAGCAUAUGUGCAGGUUACUCAGAAAGUUCUGUUCCUGUAAAGUUUUUUCAGAGACCUUCAGUUUUGAACUACAUAGUUUGAAGGAACUCUUAUCUGCUAUAUUUGUCUUGAAAUUCUUUUGCCUCUGGGAUAAAAAUACUUUAUUUGGAUUCACAUGUGACAUUGAUCUGACCCAUUCAUUCAAUGGGAUGGAUGAUAAAUCUGCACAAUAUUUAUAUGAAAUAUACAUCUGGUCUUAGUUUUAUUGUAUGAUAAAUUGUUUACUCUCUUGGGUGUCUGCACCUUGAGGCUGUUUAAACAAUUCCUGUCCAUGCAGCUGACUUCUGAAGCAGCCUAUAGAGUGCUUUUGAGAUCAUUCUGACUGAAAGAUUCUGUAGAAAUGAGGGAUAAUCAUGUUGGUAAAGCAGCUGGGAAGACUGUAUUGCCAUAAACGAUUUCAGUUUAUAUAUAAAUCCUUCAUCCCAAACAGCGCAUUUUGUACAUAAACCUACAUGCUCCAGGCAGCUGAUGGGUGAAAAAUAAAGGUGCUUAAACAGCAUUCUAAUGGGGAAAGGGCAUUUCACUGCUGCAGAGUUGGUAUUGUUUUAUAUUUCCAUUUCUUACACUUUCUCAAAUGUAUAAACCAUGGAUUUGAAUUCUCAAAGGCUUCAAAAACAGCUUGGAUUUUGUGAGUAGUUUAAAUCUUCUCACUUCUCUGCUCGUAACUUCCUUUUUUAACAAAAAAAAAAAAAAGCUUUUGUUUAAAAUGUAAAAUUUUGACUGUAUUAAAUCCUGUUAGUACCUUUUCUUUUUAAGAAAUAAAAUGUAUAUUCCACUA